AUGCAUGAGCAGCUUCAGCUAUCAAAUGCGGACAAUCUCUUUACUCAUACUUGGUCUUUAUGUGUCGAGAUGCAAUGGUAUUUGUUGGCUCCACUUCUCUUCUUCGUGCAAAAUUUGUUACCUUUACGGAGGGUGCUUUUCUUUUUGGGGAUCUCAUGUAUUUCUCUCGGUUUCUAUCUCACUACUGACAGCAACACUGCUUUCUACAACACAUUUGCUAGGAUGUGGCAAUUUUGUGUUGGCAUUAUCGCCUUUUUGAGUAGUGAAAAUGUGGGCAUUAAAUGGGCAAUUGCAUACCUAAUCUGGAAGAAAGUUCGGCACGCUCUUCAUUCACAGACCGGGCAUAUACAACGCAACUUCAUCCAGCGUCCGGCAAGAGGUGGCGUCCCGCAAUUUUCAAAACGACUUCCCCUUUGAAAUCGGAAAAUUUUUACGACUUUCCGCUUGAUGCCUAAUCCUGGCUACCCU